CCGUGGUACUUGCUUUGGAGGUGAUGGAUAGUUCACCUGAGGAGGUUGGUUAGGUUUCUGUGCAGACUGCGGGGGUCUCUGGGAUUGGGGUGGUCGUUGAUACAAGGUCGGCUGGACGUUCUGAGAAGGCUUAGGUCGCUGAGGAUCCUGAGGGUUCACCUCCUUGAAAUACUGUGCACUUGCUAGCCCCCCCAACACUAACACCGCCAGAAGACCAAGAGCUACAAGUCUGACUGCCAUGGCUCCCUGCUCAGAGAUCCACCAUGGACAAUGGGCACGAGGCUGUGGAAGGUCUGGGCAACAGCCUGACUUUUAUAAGUAUGGUGAGGUCUGGCAGUCCCAAACUCUUCUCUUAUUGGCUGAGCACAACCACCAAUCAGACAGCCUUUAAAUUGGUUAAUUCUCUAAAUAAUCUUUCAUUCUGAAGAAUCACAUUGGCAUGAACAUACCUAAAUAACUGCCCAUCUUUGUAUACUUCAGACAAUCAGAUGUAUCUUUAAUGUAUCUUAAAUGAUGGGGCUAGUGCCAUGAAAAGGAAGAGCGUAUUGGCAGUGACCAGGGUCAAACAGGUCUGUAUGACCAGAACUGCAGGUCACACACACACAGGUUGUAUAACAUGAGAUCAGAAAAACAUGAAUGUUUUUAUACUGUGAUGCAAAACAGACACAUGCCUAUAUCAUACUAAAGCAAUAUUCUUACAUAGACCUAUGUAACAAACCUUCAACAAUUACAUUUUUAUGCUGAACAUUAGGAAAUACAUGCAGCAAAAUAAUAUGCAUUAACACCUUAAACAUAUGAACUAGCAAACAACACAACAUUCUCUGACCUGCUUUACAAACAGAUGAUUGCUCCUCUAUUGAUUUGUUCCAAAUAACAAAUUUACUUUGGCAAAUAACUUGGUUUGACAUUUUAUGUGGAGGACAAGAAGACAUCAGGUCAGUGUGACAUUUUUCUAAACUUAGUGUCAAUGGCUCUAAACACAUAUAAAUGUACAAAUGUAAUAAAUACAACAUAUCCACACUAUAUUUGUUCCUUAAUAUGUCCAUCUCUCAGAUCUGGAGUGGCCCUCUUAGCUGUUGGUGUAAAUCAGCAAAGUACACGUAUAUGGGCCAGAGAGUUGGUCCACAGGGCACGUGGUGUCAGGCAUCAGAGGGUGGGUUCUUGGGGCAUAUAAAAGGACCUACCCAGGUGUCAGGGUCCUCUACAGCACCCAAGGGGGACCACCUGUAGCCAGAGCCAUGCUGUUGAAGUGCACUGCUACGUGCCUUUUGGCACUAGCACUGUUUAUUAGCUUCUGUGAUGCACAGUGGCAAACCCAAAACCAAAAGCCUCAGACACCCAGCAAGCAAUGGCCUGUAGACCCUCAGCAGACCAAGCAGACCUUUGAGAAGCCUUUGGAGUGGAAGUACCCCGAGGACCCUCAGCAGGAAACCCCAGGCCAGCCCACUGUGCCCUUUGAGGUCAGGCAUCCUGUGCCGGUGAGCACUGUGGCAGUGGACUGCAGAGAGAGUUUUGUCCAUGUGGAAGUGAAGAAGGACAUGUUUGGAAUAGGACAGUUCAUUCAUCCUGGAGGUUUGACACUGGGAGACUGUGCUGUCUCAGCUGAGGACACCAGCGGCCAAGUGCUGAUCUUUCAGUAUGAGCUGCAGAGCUGUGGCAGUGAGCUGAAGAUGACAGACAACUCCUUCAUUUACUCCUACGUCCUGAACUACAAUCCUCCAAAUUAUGGGGACUCUCCUGUGGUGAGGACCAGCAAAGUUGCUGUCAUUGUGGAAUGCCACUAUCCAAGGAGGCAGAAUGUGAGCAGUUUAGCUCUUGAUCCACUCUGGGUUCCUUUCUCUGCUGUCAAGGUGGCGGAGGAGUUCCUGUACUUCUCCUUGAAACUUAUGACAGAUGACUGGGUGUAUGAGAGACCGAGCUACGUGUACUAUUUGGGAGAUGUGAUUCUUAUUGAGGCAUCUGUCAUGCAAUACUUCCAUGUCCCUCUGAGGGUAUACGUGGACAGCUGUGUUGCUACGCUGACCACUGAUGUAAACUCCAGCCCCAGAUAUGCUUUUAUCGACAAUCACGGAUGCUUCAUUGAUGGCAGAGUGACGGGUGCAGCCUCACGCUUCCUGCUUCGCCCUGCAGAGAACAAACUUCGUUUCCAGCUGGACGCCUUCAGGUUCCUAGGAGUGGACUCAGGAGUGAUGUAUAUUACCUGUCUCCUGAAAGCCACAUCCGCUGCACAUACCAUCCAUGACCAGCACAGAGCCUGUUCAUACAUCAACAACAUGUGGAAGGAGGUCAAUGGAGCUGAUGCCUCCUGUGGCUCCUGUGAGACUGGCAUAGGCAGUGUCGGUUCAGGAACUGGUGGAGACACUGGCGUUGGGAGUGGGUCAGGGAAAACUUAUGGGGGUGGGUCUGGUUCCGGUUCUGGACAAGGUAGCGGGUCUGGGAAAAAGUAUGUACAGUAUGGGUCAAGCGGCGGGUCUGGGGGAUCAGCCACUGGUUGGUCAUGGUCACCUUCUGGUGGGUCACAAGGGUCACAAGGGUCACAAGGGUCACAAGGGUCACAAGGGUCACAAGGGUCACAAGGGUCACAAGGGUCACAAGGGUCACAAGGGUCACAAGGGUCACAAGGGUCACAAGGGCUCACUGCUAGCCACUAUGUGACAAGCUCAGGGACUGGCUAUGGAGGAUCCACAACAGGAUCGGGGUCUCCUCCUUGGAACACUGUUGCCAGAAAUCCCCAUCCAGCUGUUGCAAGGAAAGUCCGGGACGUAUCUACUGAGGAAGUUUUCGAUUGGGAAGGUGAAGUCACUGUUGGUCCUUUUAUCGUCAAUAACAAAGUAACCAGAACCUAAGAUCUAGAUUCUAAUAUCUGAAAUAAAAUAAAUUAUUAAAAAAAUAAUUGUGAACUGUACAAAUAUGAUCUAUUAUUACCCAUAAGUUCAACAAUAUGAACCUCAACUUAAUGAACAAUAAAAAUAAGAGUACA